AUGAGUCGACAACGACGGCGCCAAAUGGCUGAAAAUUAUCUGGUGAUUUGGGUCGACAAUAAUAUCAAUAUGGCAAAUGAAGACUGCCAAAACACACUCGCGCAAUUGCGCGGUGUUGUUAAUGAUGUAAACCCAUGUACAACAGCCAAAGAAUGUAUUGAGAAGCUCCAAGAAAACAGCGAGGAGACAUCAUUUGUCAUCUCCUCGGGUUCACUUGGACAAAAUCUGGCCCCACAAAUUCAUGACAUGCCAAAAUUAGAUGGCAUAUACAUAUUCUGUGGCAACAAACAACGUCACCAAGAAUGGGCUCAGAACUGGUCCAAAAUUAAAGGUGUAUAUACCUCAAUUAAACACAUUUGUGAAAAACUGGCAAUGACUAUCAAACAAUGUGAUCAAGACCAGGUAACUGUCAGUGUUAUCAGUGUCAAUGAAGGAAGUUCUAGCGAAGAUCUCAAUCGGCUAGAACCUUCUUUCAUGUAUACUCAAAUAUUCAAGGAAAUACUCCUUGAUAUGGAACAUGAUCAACAGGCCAUCCAAGACUUGGUCAUCUUUUGCCAAGAAAAAUAUCAAGGCAAUCGUAAAGAACUCCAAAUUAUUGAUGAAUUUCAACGUAAUUAUCGUUCAUCAAAGGCCAUUUUGUGGUAUACCCGCCAAUGCUUCACGUACAAAAUGCUUAAUCGAGCAUUACGUACGAUCGAUGGCGAUAUUAUAAUCCGAAUGGGAUUCUAUUUAUGUGAUGUCCAUCGACAAAUUGAAGAUUUACACAGCAAGCAAAUCAAUCAAUACCAUGGUAAGACCUUUCUUGUUUAUCGAGGACAGGGAUUACCAAACGUAGACUUCGACAAAAUCACUAAAAGCAAAGGUGGACUUAUCUCAUUCAAUAAUUUUUUAUCCACCAGUAAAAAUCGAAAGGUUUCUCUCAACUUCGCCACGGAUGCCUUAGGAACAACAGAUAUGGUCGGUGUUCUUUUUAAAAUGACCAUUGAUCCCACAGAAUCAUCUACUCCAUUCGCCUCUAUUCGAGAACUGAGUGAUUUUGCACAAGAAGAUGAAAUACUCUUCUCAAUGCACACAGUUUUUCGAAUUGGUGAAGUUCGAAAAAUCGACAAGAACAAUCCACUUUACGAAGUGGAUCUCAAACUUACAGCAGAUGACGAUCAACAACUACAUCAAUUAACUGAUCGUAUACGGCAAGAAACAUCUGGUAGCACUGGGUGGUAUCGAAUGGGUAAAUUGCUACUCCAAAUAGGUCAAUUUGACAAGGCCGAAGAAUUAUAUACGGCAUUACUAGAACAGGCUCCCAAGGACAGCGAUAAAGGACAUAUCUAUCACAUGCUAGGAAUGCUGAAACACGGCCAAGGACAAUACAAAGAAGCAGCUUCAUUCUAUGAGAUAUCACUCAAAAUCUACCGGAAAACUCUACCAGAAGAUCACCCUUCAUUGGCUAAUAUCUACAACAACAUCGCGUGCACAUAUAACAACAUGGGUGACUACUCGAAAGCACUUGAAUUUCACGAAAAAGCACUUAAAAUAAGAGAAAAAGCUCUGCCUCCGAAUCAUCCCGAUUUGGCUACUUCCUACCACGAAAUCGGUCGAGUGUAUAACAAUAUGGGUGACUACUCGAAAGCACUUGAAUUUUACGAAAAAGCACUUAAAAUAAAAGAAAAAGUUCUGCCUCCGAAUCAUCCCGAGUUGGCUAUUUCCUGCAACAACAUAGGUGGAGUGUAUUUCAAGAUGGGUGACUACUCGAAAGCACUUGAAUAUUCUAAAAAGAAUUUGGAAAUCAAAAAGCAAGUUCUGCCUGCGAAUCAUCCUGAUUUGGCUUAUCCAUACAACUGGUUUGGAAUGAUUUAUCACAGUAUGAAAGAUUAUCCAAAAGCACUUGCAAAUUUCGAAAAAUGUCUCUCAAUACGUGAAAAGGCCUUACCUGAAAAUCAUCCGCUCCUAGCUUUAACAUACAGUAAUAUUGGUGAUGUUCAUCGAUUAAUGGAAUCAUCUACUCCAUUCGCCUCUAUUCGAGAACUGAGUGAUUAUGAAAAGGCACUAGUAUUUCAUCGAAAAGCAUUAACUAUACAAGAAAAUGGUCCAUGUAAUCCUUUGGAUUGUGCAUUGGCAUAUAUAAAUUUAGGUGAAACAUAUCGAGAAAUGAAAGAUUAUUCAACAGCAUUGACAUAUUUUCAAAAAGGAUUAGAAAUACGUGAGAAGAAAUUACCAAAAGAUCAUCCUGAUUUAGCUGUUGUAUAUCACAAUUUAGCAAAAUUAUAUUUAUCUACUGGAAAAUAUAGUAUGGCAAUGAAAACUGUUCAACAAGCGAUAGAAAUUGCUCAAGAAAAAUUACCUUCAACCCAUCCACAUCUUUUGGAAUAUAAAGAAACAUUUGAAAAAAUUCGAAAGAAAAUGUAA